GCAAAAAUUUUUUCUGUAUAAGUAGUUAACAAAGUUAUCGUACACCCAUUACUUCUAAACACAAUUUGAAGUAAAAGCGUGACUUUAAACAUAUAUUUUUUCAUUCAUUUCAUGUAAAACAUAAAACAGAUUGACGAAAGGAUAUUUACUUUUUUCAAGCGUUUGUCUAUCACCGUAGCACAUUUAAUCCAAUACGUAACUUACUUAAGAGAAAGCUCGGUUACUAAAGAAAGAAAAUGGUGCAAGAAAAAGUUACUUUUGUAAACGAGGAAAGUAACCUGUCUCCAACAUAUGGAGAGCACGAGCAAUCACCAGACGAUGAACCAGACCAAGUUCCAGGGCAGAUAAAACAACCCGAUAGUUGUAUGGCAAUUAAUGAGGGAAAAGUUUUAAAUGAAAACUUGAGAUCAGACGAGCUUUCAGAACACGUAGAUGAAAUCCAAGAAGUGAAGGCUAAGGAGGAUGAAGGCAAUCCCGAGAUCAAAAAAGUAAAGAAAACUCUGGAGAAAAAUCUGCAAAGUUCUUCCAAAGAGGAGACUAAUCUUUCAGCAACACUAAGUUAUUUUGUGGAAAAAACACCUUGCAUCAGCUUUUCUUUUGCAUUUUUGCUCCUGACUUGUGUUCCAGCCCUAUCAGUGAGAACUGAAAAAAAGGCACUUCUAUUGUCGACGUCCGUAUUUCUUGUACAACUUUUGAUGGUUACAGCAUCUCCUAUCCAGAUCACUAACCACACACCUAACGAAUAUGAAUACAAGAUACUGCAGACACCACUAUGUAACGGCAUCAGGUUUAUGAGACCCCAUAAAUGUGAAAGAAACGAAAAAAUGUUUAACAUCUACAUUGAGUUUUGUGGGUUUGCGACUAUGUGCGAUCCUGAAUUUAAACCAAUUUGCAUAGAUGGAGAUGAGGAUGAAGCAUUAUACUUUUGCUCCCCUAAAGUUAUUACAUGCAAAAAAGGCUACAGAAGGAAGGUCAGAAAAAAAGAAGCCGAUUCCGAUCUUGUGAUUGUGCAAGAAGAAAAAUGUCCACCAGGGACGUACCAACCUUCUGAAUCCGACUGUUAUAACUCAUGUGCUAACAGACAUGAAAAUCUUGAAGACCUUCCAAACCAAUAUGCUGUUUAUAGCAAUGGAGAUAAUGCAUUUCAGACUGAACGGAUUACACCGGUGCAAAUUGAAAAUACUUUUUCGCAGAAUUGGCAUGUUACAGUAAUCAUAGUAAUGGUUAUUGCUGCCCUCCUCUUUACUGUAGGAAGCAUAGUUGUUAUUUGCUGCACCCGAAAAGGAAGUACAUGUAUGUAAAAAUACUAAUUCAAGUCGGGAGAGUUCAGCUUUAAGAAAUGCCUUAUCUAGCGUUUGCAGAAAAUUCCAAAUUAUUUGACUUUAUCGAGAGUUUUAAUAUGACAUUUUGCCAUGGACAAAAAUGUUUUGCUGGAAUUCAUUUAUUCGGAUUUUGUUAAUUUGUGUUUUGUUUAUAUUGUAGCUUGUAUUUUCUUUUCAUGAAUAUUGUUUAUAUGUUAUAUCAUUUACUCUGAUAGCAAAUUACGGUUUAGAUGUUAUAAAAAUAUAAAUUAACACUUUGAUUCGUGCAUAUUGUGUGUAAAAAAUUGAUAUAAUAUAUGAUUUUUUUAGUUGAAACCUACAUCAAUACGAAUAAAAAAUGUUUUUGAAUAUUAAGUAAAAUCUAAUCAUUAAGAAUAGCAAAUAAAAAACUUUAUCUUUGCAAAUGUUAAAUCGAUAAAACAAUUUUAAAAGAGAAGUUUUUACCAAUUGUUUUCAGCUGUAAGAUGGUAUCAAUAAUUAUGUUACAAUUUUUAAUACUGUCAAUGGUAUGCUUAUCUUUUUUUCCUUAUGUAUCAAUAAUUGUUUUUCUUUUAUUAUUCGAAAUAAAUUUGUAUUCACCUUU